AUGCAAGAGGACCCAUCAAAAACAGAUUCGAUCAAACUGAAGAUUCUAGAAGCCAAGGCUUUCAAAUAUCCAACGAAUCUCAAAAAGCCUGAUGGAUAUAAUGGCAGUGGUGUUCUUCACCUUUUGAGACUGAUAAGGAAUAUACUGAAGCUUCACCGGAAAUGGCGGUUGCCAUUAACGCCGGAGGGCCGAUUUCGGCUUUGGCUAGGACCAAAGGUAUCAAUUGGAGUGGAUUGUGACGUAACCUCCUUGAACUUCAUCACUGGUCGACCACUCUUACAUCUAAUACGACACCGUAAUGUCAAAGGUACAGGUGAUUCGGAUGAUACAGUAAGCCGAAAAAAGGCAAAAACAAAAGAAAAAAAGGAAAAUGAUGAUGAGAAUCUGAAGGUACUGAUCAAACAUGAUGAUAUUGUGACGGGCAAUUGGCUGGAAGUGAGGCGUGGCGAUGCCGCUUUAAUAGAUUUGGUACAGGUAAGGGUUUUUUUUGAAGGGGGAGGGUUAGGGAUAAAUUUUUGAACGGAAGGGGGAUGAGACAGGGCUAGGUAAGCGUUUUUUUGGGCAGGGUAGAUUUUUUUUUAAAUUUUGAAGAUGAGAGGGGGGGGGUGAUUAAAAUAGUUUUUGUCAGAGGUAGGGGUAGCUAAAAAAAUUUUUGGUGAAGGGCGGGGUAUAAAAAAUGUUUUCAAAAUUUGAUUUAAAAAAAUUUUUUUUGGAAUUUAGGCCAGACUUUUAAAAUUUGCUUUGUUACGUUCUUUUAGUGAUAAGUUGUGUCAUUUUAGGUGAAAAAACACCGCACUCAACUAGCCCUAUGUCUACUUGACCGACGUAUCGAAUCGCUGACUCGCGUUGCUCUAAGCACAAGAACAGCCGGCUUCACAGCGGCCGGCGGAGAAGCGGGACUGGUAUUUCUGAUGCCAACAAUGAUAUAA